UUUUAUUAGUGAAUCAUGUUCAAAUUGUUGACUUUAAUGUUCAGCGUCAUUGUUUCACAUCAUUCGUGCAGUUCAGUUCCUCUGGCUUCAACCGUGUCUUCCGCCGUCAACAUUUCGGGAUUUGCAGUAGAGCCAAGACAAAAAGCGUGCUGGGAGCUGAUUGUGGAUGGAAGAAGACUUGAUCCGCAGUUCAUCGUUCGCUCCGUUUGGGCCGCCACGUUGCAAGAUUGCCAACGGGAAUGUGAGGAUGUGCUCUUUAAUUGCGAAACCAUCGCUUACGGGAAGAAUCUGCUGAAGAACACGACGUGUGAUCUGAGUGACUGGGAAGCGGCUUCGCUCAGCGUCCAGCCGUACUCAACCGAUACCGUUGUGGCUCCAACUUUCAAUGUCUACAGUCGCUACGGGCGAUACCCGAACGAAGCUCACGAUGAACGACGAUGCAACAACUUUGAUGAUCCCGCCCAUCACGAUACCACGCUAUACUAUCGACCAGCGUCUACCCAAUUAGAGACUCUUUCCGAAGACGUGUGUUAUUCGGUUAUCUUUAAUGGUCGACGAUUGAGCCAUCGCUACAUCGAACGCUCCGUGGCCGUCAUCAGUUUGGAUGAAUGCAAAUUGCUUUGCACUCGCGAGACUUCUUUUGAUUGCAGAUCCUUUAAUUACAGACGGCGAUUGUCAUCGACAAAUUGCGAUCUGAGUCGUGAAGACUCGGCCAGUUUGGACGUGACUAGUAGCCGAGUCUUCUUUUCCGAUCCGGAUGUCGAUUUUUACCAACGCGUAGGUCGUGGUCAAAGUUGCUAUCGACCUUUUGCCCGUCCUCCAGCAUCGUCCUCACAUUCAUCCGGAAGCGAAUAUUACUACGGAUCAAGUAACCCAGGAACAAUCAUCCAGCGCCCUAGUACCUCCGUCCAGCCUUCCGGUGCCACGUCCAUCAGUGAGUGUUAUCGGCGAUUGAAAUCGGGUUAUCGGCUCGAAUCGAGAAUCGUUCGUGACUCGCUGAACGUUCGAAACCUUUACGAAUGUCAAACGGAAUGCCAUCGCUCCAGGAUAUUUGUUUGCCGAUCGUUUAGUUAUCGACAAGCGAUUAACGGAUACAAUGCCGGAGGUGGGAAUAAUUGCGAGUUGAGCGAUUUAGAUCCACGUGAAUGGGAUCCUGUCCGUCAUCUCGUGAUUGAUCGUGAUGCCGAUAUCUACGAGCGCAGUUUGGUCGGCCGCAAUUGCCGCGAUACGCCCGUCACGACGUGGAACAAUCGACCGACUAAGCCCAGCACCCUCUGCUUUCUCCGAACUAAAAGUGGAAUUCGAUUGGACCGUCGUUCUAUCCGCCAUUCCGUGAUAGCCAAUUCUCCGGUCGAGUGCGAACAGGAAUGCAUCAAUUCGCAAUAUUUUACCUGCCGAUCGUUCAGUUUUCGGUUUACCAGCACUGCCAGUUUAUCUGAAUUGUACCACAAAGUCUAUGAGAAUUGCGACAUGAGUGACAUCGAUCUCAACUCGCUGGACCCGUUGCGUGAUUUGAUCGAUGAUCGGGGCUACGAUUCUUGGCAGAGGACGAGUUACAGCCGGGACUGCGAUAUUGGCAGCUAUCGUUUACCAGACACGAGCGGUGACGGUUACUUCAACCGUGACGACGAAGAACAUCAUUUCACCUCGUUAAACCCUUGGUUUUACAACAAUCAACGCCCUUACCCACUACUAACCAGCUCCGCUACGGCCUCAUCGAGAUGCUACAUUUCCUAUCGACGGGGUUUCCGCAUGGUCCAGCGUCUUGUGCGGGAUUCAAUACAUGUCCGGAAUUUGGCCGAAUGCGAACUCGAGUGCAGCCGUACGAGACCCUUUACUUGUCAGACUUUUCACUUCAGAUACACGAAUCUGGAUGGCGGUUAUGACCGUAACCCGUACAAUUGCGAGCUGAGUGACUUGUCAGCCCGGGAUUUCGAUCGUUACCGCGAUAUGACCGAAGACCGUGACUACGAAUUGUUUACACGUUCGCAAUUCUCUUCUUGCGUACACAGUUUCAAUACUCUCGAAUCUGCAAGUCAGCUGAGUCCAAUUUUAGCGAGUAGCUCUACCGAAGUAACAGUGAGUGGGAUACGCUGCCGGGACGGAUCCAAGUGCCGGCCUCAUCGUGAACUCGGUUAUUGGUACUGCGAAAUCGACAGCAGUUACUACAACUUCAACAACAAUUGGGACUAUUGUUGCCAGCCACAAUCGCGAUGCGGAUACUCUGAUGGAUAUACUUAUCCGUGGUGUAUGGUGGGCUCGGAAGCAUCCGGCCAAUGGCGACCCUGUUCCGAUCGUUACGCCGAACGUCCUUACGCUUACCUUCACCGCACUUUACCGCCUAAUGCGACUGAAACGCAGGGAGCGUUUCGGCCGCUAAAGAAUGACGAUGAUGUAAUUCGGCCCGUUGAUUCGAAUUCGGCUGAUUAUUCACGGUCCGGAUCGCAUAUUAUCGUUCAAACCAAUUGCACCGAAUCGGAUUGAUCGAUUUUUAUUUUUAAACGAAGGUUUUUUUUAUUUAUGAUCGAUUACGACCACACCCAUUGGGAAUCGUGCAUUUAUUUUUUUUCUUCGUGAGUGGUGAAGGGGCUAUUAUUUAAAUAAUUGAUUGUAAUCGUGGACCUUUGUUUUCUCGUUUGUUUGAAUUUUUUUAAAUAUUUUUAUUGUCACUAAACUGGUCGAUUUCACAGUUUUACAAUUAGAUCGUUUUACUUGUCGGACAUAAUUCUUGGCCUCAUUUCCGAAAAACACAAACAUUUUAAAUGCAAAAAGAAUUCAGGCAUCGUCCAGUAAAACAUACAUCAAAGAAUGUUUUCUCUUUUUUUUUUUUUGUCGAAU